ACUAUAUUCUUGCUGCAGCCGCAGGUGCCAGAAAAGUGACCGGUGAAGUACAUAGACGAGAAUGUUUUCAAGUCUCGUGGAGUGAUCUAGAAGGAUUGUGAAAAUAACUGUCGGUGAAGUUCAAAAAGAAAAGAAAAAAAGUGUCGGUUCGUUGCGUACAUACAAAAUAUAAAAUCGGACACCCCAUGUUACUUUUCAGACACAACCUUAUGUGGUCAUGUGGCCCCUCUUACCUGCUUCCGCGCUGUAAAAUAUUCGAGACAGCUCUCUGCUUUCUCUCAUAUAAAAUUAUUAGAGCAUCUCUCUCUUCUUCAAUAGUACCACAACACAACUCCCACUAAUCACAAACCCGCCGCCGCCGCCGCCGACACUCCCAAAAAUGGCUUAUCUCCGGCGAGCAGCCGCCGCAUUGAUCCUCAUCCUCCAACUCCUAACCCUCUCAAACGCCCACAACAUAACCAAAAUCCUCGCCAAAGACCCAGACUUCUCCACGUUCAACCACUACCUCUCAGCCACCCACCUCGCCGACGAGAUUAACCGCCGCCAAACCAUCACCGUCCUAGCCGUCGACAACUCGGCAAUGAACUCAAUCCUCUCCAAAGGCUACUCCCUCUACACCAUCCGCAACAUCCUCUCCCUCCACGUCCUCGUCGACUACUUCGGCGCCAAGAAACUCCACCAGAUCACCGACGGCUCCACCUCCACCGCCUCCAUGUUCCAGUCCACCGGCUCCGCCACCGGAACCUCCGGCUACGUCAACAUCACCGACAUAAAAGGCGGGAAAGUCGGUUUCGGCGUCCAAGACGACGACAGCCAGCUCACCGCUCGUUACAUCAAGUCCAUCUUCGAGAAGGCUUACAACAUCUCCGUCCUCCACAUCAGCCAGGUCCUGACCUCGCCGGAGGCCGAAGCGCCAACGGCGAGCCCCAGCGACCUCGUCCUCACCGCCAUCCUGGAAAAGCAAGGAUGCAAGGCCUUCUCCGACAUGCUGAAGUCCACCGGAGCCGACAAGACUUUCCAAGACACCGUCGACGGAGGUUUAACGGUGUUCUGCCCUUCCGACGCCGCCGUCGGAAAGUUCGCGCCAAAAUUCAAAGCCUUAUCAGCCGCCAACAAGACGGCGUUAGUGCUGUACCACGGCAUGCCGGUUUACCAGUCGUUACAGAUGCUUAGGUCAGGUAACGGCGCCGUUAACACUUUGGCGACGGAGGGGAACAAUAAGUUUGACUUCACGGUGCAGAACGACGGAGAGGAGGUGACGUUGGAGACGGACGUUGUGACGGCGAAGUUGACGGGGACGUUGAAGGAUCAGGAGCCGUUGAUCGUUUACAAGAUUGAUAAGGUUUUGUUGCCGAGAGAGAUUUAUAAGGCGGUUAAGGCCUCUGCUCCGGCUCCUAAGUCGAGUAAGCAUAAGCCUAAGAACGCUGAGGCUGGUGAUGAGGAUGCUGAUGGACCAAGUGCUGAUGCUCCGUCGGAUGAUGACGGUGAGGUUGCUGAUGAUAAAAACGGUGCCGUUUUGGUUGGACGUAGUGGUGGUGUUGUUGUUGUGACGGCGUUAGUGGGGUUAUGUUUUGGAGUUUGGCUCAUGUGAUGUCAUGUGGUUUGGGAAUCUUGAUUUUUCUUAUUUGAUUUGUAUUGAUUUUCUUGUCGGACUAUGAAUUUAAAUCACAGUUCCUUCUUCCAUAUUUAAAUAUACAUUCAAUAUUUUUUUUAAAAA